AUUGUUUGUGCUUAAUUUGUUAUAAAUUUAUAACAAGCCAUUACGAACUAAUGGUUAGACUAAUUACAAAAUCAGAAUAUCAAAUAUAUAAUAUGAAAAUAGCAGAAUUAGUCAAAAUUGAAAAUAUUUCUAUUCAAACACGCAUGUGAAUAAGAUGCGUUACACACAAAUACUGAGACUCAUAUUAACAGUUAUUUUGCUGGAAAGCGAAUUGCAAAAAGUGCAAGCUAAGGUGAGUCGAGCUAAAGCGAUAUUGAUUACUCUUCAUAUUUACCGUUGCAAUUGCUUUGCAGAGCAACUUCGAGCUCACCUACACUGAGUUUAAUUGCACCGUAUAUGACCCGAAGAACUUCGUCGCCAAAUUGCAGUGCUCCAUAAGCAAAAAUACGAAGCGCAGCAGUCUCACUACGGAGGUUGUAUUCAAAAAGGACUUAAAACAUUUCAGCAUGAACUUUCUGAUUGUUUUGCCGCGUCGCCCUGUCGACUUUGUGCUGCUCAAUUUAACCCGCUUAAAUGGUUGUCAGUUCAUGGAGAAUAAGAAUCAAGUGCCGUUUCUAAAGAUUUUACUGAGCUCAUUGGAACGUGUCAGCAACUUUAUGCAGGGUUGUCCCUACAAACGUGGCACGCUGUAUUACUUUCGUGGAUUGCGUCUGAAUUUGGAUGCAAUGCCGGCGCUAUCAUUCGAUACCGAUAUGAAGUUGUGGGUCGAUUUCAUGUAUGAACGUUCGAAGCUUUUUUCGUUCUUCAUUGACAGUCGCAUACAGUUGCGACGCAGUGGAUGAGCGACAAAGCGGGGAGCUUGAAUUA